CGCCGCUCUCCUCCUCCUCCUCCUCCUCGCCCCCCCCUCCCCGUCUGCGAGGCAGCGGAGGCCGGGCCGGGCCGGGCUGGGCUGGGCGGGCAUGGAGGCCGGUGCGGCCGGAGGCGCCGUCUCGCCGGAGGGCUGGUUCCGCGAGACCUGCAGCCUGUGGCCCGGCCAGGCGCUCUCCCUGCAGGUGGAGGAGGUGCUGCACCACCAGCGCUCGCCCUUCCAGGAGAUCCUCGUCUUCCGCAGCAAAACCUACGGCAACGUCCUGGUUCUUGACGGGGUCAUCCAGUGCACCGAAAGGGACGAAUUCUCCUACCAGGAAAUGAUCGCCAACCUCCCUCUGUGCAGCCAUCCAAACCCUCGGAAGAUUCUGAUUAUCGGUGGUGGCGACGGUGGAGUCUUAAGAGAAGUGGUGAAGCAUCCUUCCGUUGAGUCAGUAAUACAGUGUGAAAUCGAUGAGGACGUGAUCCAGGCCUCUAAGAAAUACCUGCCCAGCAUGGCUGUGGGCUACUCCAGCCCGAAGCUGACGCUCCACGUUGGGGACGGCUUCGAAUUCAUGAAACAGAACCAAGAGGCAUUCGAUGUGAUCAUCACGGAUUCUUCUGACCCCAUGGGUCCGGCGGAAAGCCUGUUUAAGGAAUCCUAUUAUCAGCUGAUGAAAACCGCCUUGCGGGAAGAUGGAAUUCUCUGUUGCCAAGGCGAAUGCCAGUGGUUGCACCUUGACCUCAUUAAGGAGAUGCGCCAGUUCUGUAAAUCGCUCUUUCCGGUGGUCGAGUACGCCUACUGCACCAUCCCGACGUAUCCCAGCGGCCAGAUUGGCUUCAUGCUUUGCAGCAAAAAUCCAAACACGAACUUCAGGGAACCGAUCCAGCUACUUUCUCAGGAACAAGUGGAAAAAAUGAGCCUUAAGUAUUACAACUCGGAUGUCCACCGAGCGGCUUUCGUCUUGCCAGAGUUUGCACGAAAGGCACUGAGUACCGUGUAAAAAACGCCACCGGAUAGCUUGGCUUCUUCCCUUGAUUCGUCUGGAGGUGGUCUCGGAGCGGCACCACCCUAACGGCAAAACAUUUCUCCGGCGAUGGCUCGGCCCUCCCGUCUGCAAGUCCGGGCACCUUCUCUUGCCAGCUGAAUGUGUCCCUUCCUAUGAUGUAUUUAAAAGAAAAAGGACUUGGCGUUCGGCCCCCUGGCAAGACUCCAAAACUUCUACUCAGGCCUUGGUUGCAGGCUGUGCUGUUCGGAGGUGGCUCCCUCCUCCAGGACUGAGUGUUAAACCAGUUGGUGUUUCCUUUUUAACUGCCCUGAUUCAUGGCUCUGUAUUUAUAGCUAACAAAUAUUUCCCCUCCCCCAAAGGCUCUUUUUAUGAGGCUCCCCUCCUCCCCCUCCCCUCCCCCAGCAAUAACUCAGCAGAUGUUCUGAACUAGGCUCCCUUAACAAGCAGGAGGCAGGAAUCGAUCCCGGCAAAAACCUCUUUUAUUUAGACGACUGUGAAUUGCGUUCAUUCACAGUCAGCAAGGCCUGUCCAAACAGUUUUUCAAAGGAAUGUUUAUCAACACAGACCUUAUCUCGUUUGGCUGCCACGUAACUUGUUUCCGACCGCAGCACAAGGCAAAACUUGGCGCAGAGUCUCUCAUAGUCACGGAAUGAACGAAUCGAUACCUGCAAAAGCCCACUCCCUCCUCUUUUUGUUUCCUGUAGGAGGGGCCAAUCACCUCCAAGGUGCAGCUUUACUCCUGAGUCGACCCUGUUUUCUGAGUUGUUCUGGUAUUCUGGCAGCUCUGCGCAUGCGCACACUGGGAACAGGCUCCAGCUGUUCCUCUGCCUCGCUGCUGUCUAACUCUCUCUCUGCCUCUGACGCAGAGUCCUCGCCCAAGCUUUCCCCAGCCCCCCAGGACUGGCCCAAGUUCCUCCCCAACCUCCUCACUGUCCGACUCCGCCGACAGCUUUGGCGGGCCACAACAGAGAGGGGCCUGGUUUGGCAGCACCCCCUCGUGUGUGUGUCCCCCCCCCUGAACAGUGUGAUGUUUUCAAAAGCAAACGCCCACUUGUCAUCUUUUUUUUUUCCCCUCAUUUUGUUUGUCUUCCAUAGGAGAAGCAAUUCCUUCCAUUUCACUGUUUUGGAUAUUUUUGUUGUGACCCAGGCCCAAGUAGAUAGUAAGAAACUCAGUCCAUGGAAAAACAAACAAACUUUAUUCGAACAGCUGGGAAUUACUUCAUUCCCAGCGUCGUUCAACUCAAAGUAAAACAAAUGCCUCCCAACACAAAUUCCUCCGUUAUCUCGCAAACUAUGGUCCAAUUAGGUAAACUGCCAAAGGCCCCUCCUGGCAAACCUCCAGAAGCCACAAAAACAAAGACAUAGACGAAGCAGAAGACAAAGCUAUCAAUGUUGUUUUCCGGCAAAGAGCCCAAACACCGUUGCUGGUCUUUUAAGCCUUAUGGGAGGGGCCAAUCAUCUCUUGUCCCUACUCCCGAGUCGUCCUCUCUGCUUGAGCUGCUCUUGCCUUCUGGCAGCUCUUCUCAGGCUCCUCCUGUUCCUCUGCCUCACUACUAUCAGUCUCUGGAGGCUCUGGAGUCCGCACCUCACUUCCCGAUGGCCCUGGCCUCACCUCAGCCUCAUCGCUGUCCGACUCCGUGGCCAGCUCCAUAGGCUGCUGACGGACCACAACAAUUUUGCCCUUUCCCUUGACGUGGGCUUGGAUGCUCAGAAACCUCUUUUUAGCUGACCCAAGAAGCGUCUGCCAGCUUUAAACUUGUGCUCUGCCAGCCCGCCCAUCAAGAGAGAGGAAGCGUUUUAAGCUCUUCUCUUCAUUUGGAGACGUCGCUUAUCAUCCACACAAAACCGCUCCCAAACUAACUCGUAAUCAUGCAUCUUUGUUAAGCCCGGGGCAGCCCGGGAACGAAAUGACGAUCUCUCCCAGAAACACGUUUUGUACGAACGUGAGGAACGGUCUCCCGUUUUAAGAAGAUAACCGUGAUGCAUUUUCGCAGGUGGUUUUGCAAAAAAUGAUAUUAUACCUUUCUUUGAGCCCGUUCUUGGUUGGAGUGUCUUGAGCUACGAGUGCCCAAAUUCCCAGCCUGAGAUGAUAAAGCUGUGCCCAUCUUCCUUCCUUUCAAAAGACCGAGAUGAGAUUCCAGUCCUCCUGGUUCGAAAUAAGGGCCGAGGGCUGGGAAUUCUGGGGGCUGCAGCCCAAAAGAUCUGGGAGGAAAGGGGACCUCUCAGAGACCCCUGAUGUUAGCCAGUUCCCCCCAUGUCGCUCAUUCUGCCUCGUGGGAAUAUUGUGCCUAGGUACAGUAUAGGCCAGAAGGGUAUGUCUGUAUGUAUGGUUUUGUUUCCUUUUUUUUUUUUAAAAAAACAAGACAUCAAAAAUGGA